AUGGAACUAGACGCAAGACAGCAAAAGCAUAUUAAAAACAUUGGCACUCAGAAGAGGAUUGGACAAGAGAAUGCUGAGAUAUUUUAUCAAUCCGCUUUACAGGAGUCGUCCAAAUUUCCUUUUGGAUCUCCGAUCCAAAAGGAGUACAACUCUGAGGAAUCUCAUAGGAAAAAGCCUCCAAAAUACCCGAGCCCACCUACUAAUAAAGAAAAUACUGAACUGAUUCUGUCAGAGGGGUCUCUAGAGGAAGGAUUCGAAGAGAAUAAAGCAGAGGAUCAGAUUGAACAGCAUAUUUUGGAGCUUGAGAAGGAUAACCCCUACCUUCAGAAUAAGCAUCAUCUCGCAAUGGAGCAACAUCAGAUUGCAUAUGAGCGAAUGGAAGAGGAGAAAGGAGCAAAGCAGAUUAAUGGUAGUGAACUAGUGGAACAGAAUUGGGAGAAUGUGGAUCGAAUGAGGAAAGAUAAGAUGAGCCAAGAUUAUCUUAACCAAGAUCGAACAGACCAAGAUAGAAGAAAUCAGGGUAAAACUAACCAAGGGAGAAUCAAUCAAGAUAGAACUAAUCAAGGUAAAGCCAAUCAAGGAAGAGCCAAUCAAGGAAGAGCCAAUCAAGGGAGAGUUAAUCACGAGAGGAUAAGGGAAGGUGUGAUGAAUCAAGGAAGAAUUCCUCAUCAUCAAAUGCUUCUUCCUUCAGAAACUAUCGUUUCUUCAUCAUCUACUCUACAUAGAGCUACAAUUGAGGAGACCUCUCCAGAAGAAGCUCUAAAGCCAGAUGAAAUUAAGCUAAUAGAGUCUGAUAUUCGUCAGAAGGUGGGACAAACUGAACCUACUACAGCUCCAUUAGCAAUGAAGUUCCUUCAAAAAUUACAUAAUUUCAAAAGAGAUAGAUCAGCUUCUCCUGCAAAUCAAAGAGCUCAAGAGAUGAUGAGGGAUAUACUAUCUCGCCAUGUGCAUGAGUCUGAGGUUGACAUCCUUCCUAGCAGAGUAGAGGAGAGUAAAUCAUUUAUGACUGAGGAGGACUUACCGAAUAAGGAAAUCCUUGCUCAAAGAAUGCUGGCUCAAGAUAUCGAGCCAGUCCAGAUAGAAGCUUUAGAAAAUUCUACUGUACUUGAAAGAGAUGGGAAACUUAAGAAAGACUUCCUACAAGAUAUCGUUCAGCAUCUAGUUAAUAGAAGUAGUAAUGAAGUUGAAGGUGAAGGAGAAGCUGUUAUUGUCAAAGAUAGAGGUCUAGAAAUGGGUAGAAAUACAGGGUUUAUAGAUCAUAAACCAAAAAUAUCUCCCAAAUUUCCGUCAACUCCAGAAAUUAGAAACCCGUCUAAUGAGGCUCCUUCUAAAUCAAUUCAUCCAGAAUCAGAUAUGUCUCAGAAUAAUACAAACCUUUCUAUAAAUGAGCUGUUUGGAAAAGUGCAACCUGGUGGAGACAAAAGAAAUUUAUCAUUUAAAGAUCUGGCUGACGCCAAACAUACCUCUCAUUCUUUCACUAGAGAUCUUCAAAAACAGAACAAGAGAGGUGAAAACACACUGAAAAGGAUGGUUACUACAAUGACCAACAAAGGGAGACAACCUAUGCCAGGGAGUUUCUCACUUGGCGAGUUGGACAAGCCUGAAAUUUCCGAAAUAAAAGAGAAACUCACCAAAGAGAUCAGCAUCUCAUUUGACAAAGAAGAAUACGAAAAAGAGAAAUUUCUGAAGCAAGAACGGAUAGCUAAUGCUUUACUGCACUGUACCUCCAAAGGGCUGCUCCACAACUCCUUCACGAUUUGGAAGAAGGCUUUCCAGGAUGCAGUCAACAAAGAAGCGAUGGAGCGCGAAAAAGCACGGUUAAAACAAGAACAAAUGCAGAGGAAACUAGAAUCUGCGAAGAAAUUCAGAGCCACGAAGGAGCUACUCCUGAAACAUAUGGUCCUGAGAAGGAUCAGAAGAGUAAUCCGGGCAGAACAGAAGUGGAUGGCUAUAGUAAAAUCAGAGCUGACUGUUUAUACGAAGAAGAGAUUUUUCAGGUGUUGGAAAGUCUUUCAUGGCAUGAAUAGGAUUGAACAGAAGAGAAAACAGAGAAUUAAGAAGGCGGCUAUUAAGGCGAUGAAGGACCAUGUAGAGAGGAAUCAGCUGAAUUUAAAGAUAGCGACUGUGUUUAAUGACAAAAAUGAUAUACAAAGAGCUUUUAGUUAUUGGAAUAAUGAGACCAGGAAGAUCUUGCAAGUCAAGGAAAAUGAAGAGAAAGUAGUUAAUUUCAGGAAAGCUCAUUUACAAAGAAAUGCAUUUGCAAUGUUUAAGGAGUACCUCAACAUUAUGAGAGAUAUCAAUUCUGAUGAGUUCCUUCGUCUUGCAGAGAAGCAGGAUUAUUUUGAAAUUGGUAUCACUCAAGUCCAAAUGCAUAAAUUUUAACUAAAGGUUGAUUAAUUCCAAUUACAUAACUUUCUAUCAAUUGCAAGUGU